CAUGUAUCACAACAGCACCCAGAGAAAGCACUGGACCUUUCUGAAUGAUGACGAGCCGCAGCGCCUGCGGGCCCAGGCUAAUGCCAGGUAUCGGGCCAAGAUACAGGCUGCGGAGAAGGCUCGUGUCUCUGAAAUAUUUAAUCUGGAAACGCAUGAGGAAUUGGUCAUUUGCAAAUACUACGAGAAGAGAUUGUUGGAUUUCUGCAACGCUUUCAAACCCACAAUGCCAAAAUCUGUUCUGGGAACAGCCUGCAUGUAUUUUAAACGCUUCUACCUCAACAAUUCAGUCAUGGAACAUCACCCAAGAAUAAUAAUGUUGACCUGUGUGUUCUUGGCUUGUAAAGUCGAUGAAUUUAAUGUAUCCAGUGUCCAGUUUGUCGGCAACCUAGGAGAAAACCCGCUUGGCCAGGAGAAGAUUCUAGAACAGAUCUUAGAAUAUGAACUGUUACUGAUACAGCAGCUGAAUUUCCACCUUAUAGUGCACAAUCCUUACAGACCUUUUGAAGGGUUUCUAAUAGAUCUAAAGACUCGAUAUCCAAUGCUGGAGAAUCCAGAAAUGUUGAGAAAAUCUGCCGAUGAGUUUCUCAAUCGUGUUGCAUUGACCGAUGCAUGUUUGCUGUUUGCCCCAUCAGUAAUAGCCCUCACGGCUAUCUUAUCAACUGCCUCACGUGCCGGAUUAAACAUGGAAAGUUAUUUAACAGAAUGUCUCUCGCUAAAAGAAAAUCAAGAAACCAUGUCACAUCUAUAUGAUGGCAUGAGACGGCUCAAGAUACUUGUGAGCAAAUAUGAACCUGCCAGAUCUGAUGAAGUUGCAGUUUUAAAGAAGAGGCUGGAGAAUUGCCAUAGUACUGAAGUCACUUUAAGUAUUAAUGCACGGAAGAGAAAAGGCUAUGAAGAUGAUGGCUAUAUAUCAAAGAAACCUAAAACAGAGGAGGAAGAGUGGACUGAUGAAGACUUUACAGAUUCUCUAUAGUAUGACUGUGGGUGCCAUUGCCUUAUCUAUGAAUCAUGCUCUGGCUGCAAUAUGGAAAAUGGACAUAUUGUAUAAAUACUUGUAUAUAGUGUGAAAUCCUCCUGGAGAAUGUUCAUUUGUACAUGGAAGCUGACCAAGGUGGACCACAAAACUUUGAUUUUGGAAAUCGAAAGAAGUGUUUGUUUAAACAGCUCGAUGAAGUCCAUGUCCAUUGUUUUUCUAUGAAAAUAGCUCUGUAAAUUAUAUUUUUAUAAAUGCAAUACAAUAACUAAUAAACAUGUCCAUACCUUAUACCCCAAAAA